CUGGUGUUUAUGAAUUUGUCGAUGAUGAAAAUAAUAUAGGUGAAAAACGCCUGCAAAUUAAUUCACAAAAUUGUGUGCAUUGUAAAACAUGCGAUAUUAAAGACGUGUCUCAAAAUAUUGAUUGGGUCACGCCCGAAGGUGGAGAUGGUCCGAAAUAUACUCUUACCUGA